AUGUCCGAACAAGAAAAGACGCCUUGCCUCCUCCCGGAGGGUUACGCGGGAGAGACGGAGAUCAACCGGGAAAAUACCGAUAAUACUGCCGUUAAUUCCGAAAUUCAGGAGACCGAGAUCCAGGAUGAGGCGAGGGAGAAACCAAGUACUUCUUCUAUCCCUGAUCGAUGGAGGACUGUCAGCCAGCGCAUUCGAACAAGAACCGCCACGAUAGCUCAGAGUUUGGGUCGACCUCAUGAAAGAGAAGCAGAGGGCGUGGAGGCUUCUUGGUCACCGGAAUACUACGGAGCAACAGACGAUAUCAGAAGUUUCGAGGCUCGCCAGGCCAACGAUGAAGAAGCUCGCCUGCAUGGCCUCGAUCACAACUCGCAGGCCCAGGACCUAUUGAGGCAGCUGGGUCUGCCGCACAUCGCCAGCAAUCGUCGUGGGAGGGAGGAGGUGCGCUCUGGCGCAACGACUGGCGCAACGACGCCCGGCGAAAGCGGAGCCUCAACCCCCCUUAACGGAGGUCUUCUCUCGCAGUUACUCCGAGUGUAUGCCAACCAGGUUGGCGCUGCGAGUAGGAUCAGCGUGGCUUCCACUGCAACAGACUCUGACCCUGAAACAGAGACUGUUCCUGCAACCGCUAUCGGAACAGAAACGGGACUGGGAUCGGGAACGACCACGCCCGGUGGAACGAAUACCCUCAAUGGUAAGAAGGAGAAAGUCAAAUGGUACAAAAAUGGAUCAGACAACGACAGCAAGGCCAGCAUUCCUAUGCUGAAGAAGUUGCCUCAGCCGAAAAAGCACAAGAGAAAGCCGUCUGGUCAUCACUAUACUUCUUCUUUGAUUCAGGCCUCUAUGGAUAUGGGCCGGGUCGGUGUGCCCGGUGCACAGGGGCCUGGUACCAUGAAUUACAAGGAACGCAAGAAGCAGAGACGCAAGAGUGAAAAGGAUGUCAAGCUGAAGGUGCAUAUUGCCGCUAUCCUGGCUCGCCAACAAUAUAUCAUGCAACUUUGUCGUGCCUUGAUGAAGUACGGUGCGCCGACUCACCGUCUCGAGGAGUACAUGAUGAUGACUUCCAAUGUUCUGGACGUCAACGCCCAGUUCAUGUACAUACCCGGCUGUAUGUUCAUGUCCUUUGAUGACCCUUUGACUCGCACCGCCGAGGUGAAGAUUAUUCGUGUCAUCCAGGGCCUGGAUCUAUCUCGUCUAGCGGAGACCCACAACGUCUACAAGAAUGUGGUCCACGACGUGCUUAAUAUCGAGGAUGCCACCAAGGAUCUGGAUCAGAUUAUGCAGCGCAAACCACGCUACAACCGUUGGAUGUUGGUCCUGUUGACUGGUCUUGCCAGUGUCGCUGUCGGUCCCUACUCCUUCUCCGCUCGUCCUAUCGACCUUCCUGUUAUCUUCAUUUUAGGAUCCAUGGUCGGCUUCAUGCAACACGUUCUCGCCCCGUCGUCAGCCACAUACUCCAACGUGCUGGAAGUAUCAGCAGCCAUCUUGACUUCGUUCCUCGCCCGUGCAUUUGGAAGCAUCAUGCAUAACGGCGAGAACGUCUUCUGCUACGCGGCCCUGACUGAAUCGUCCAUCGCUAUGAUUUUGCCCGGUUUCUCGGUCCUCAGCAGUAGCUUAGAACUGCAGUCCCAUCAGAUGAACGCCGGUUCUAUCCGCAUGGUCUUCACCAUCAUCUACUCUCUCUUCCUCGGCUACGGCGUCACAGUCGGCACCACGAUCUACGGUGUAAUCGACAAGAACGCUACCACUCAAUCAACAUGCCCUAACGCAGUCACGGAUUGGGGCAAUGAAUACAUUCAGCAUUUCCCCUGGGUCGCGCUAUUCUGUUUCUUCGCCGCCCUCAUCAACCAGGCCAAGCUUAAGCAGGUUCCCAUUACUGUGUUUCUGGGUGUCUGUGGCUACGUGACCAACUACUUCAGCUCCAAGAAACUUGGCUCCGGCCAGGUCUCUAAUACCGUCGGUGCUUUUACUAUUGGUCUUCUUGCCAAUUUGUACAGUCGCUUGUGGCACGGUCAUGCUGCUGCUGCUAUCAUCCCGGGUAUCUUCACCCUUGUGCCGUCGGGUCUCGCAUCCAGUGGCUCCAUCCUCCAGGGUCUGGAGUAUGCCGAGGCUGUGGCGUCUGGUAAUGCGACGGCUAUCAGUAAUGCCAACUCGGGAAGUUCUUUGACUGCACUGGGCUAUGGAAUGAUUCAGACGGCUAUUGGUAUCUCGGUUGGUCUAUUUGUUUCCGCGUUAAUUGUGUAUCCGCAUGGAAAGAAGCGGAGUGGUAUUUUCAGUUUGUAA